AUGCCCGUCUCCAAGCCGAGAGAGGCGACGGUGUCCCGUCUGCAGCGAGUCAAAUCAGGGCGAUUUCCUGACACUCACUCAUUCUUCACUCAAGCAUUCGGUUGUCGACUAUUCACCAUGCUGCACUCUGAUUCCUCGGAAAUAGGCACAGACAUCGUUUCGAGAACGGUUGCUCGCAGAAACGGCGCCUGCGGCAGUGGCGACGUCGACAGUGUUUUCUUCGUUGGAAGAUUAAUCCGCUCUUCACCGGCUCUUGUCCCCUACGUCGUGAGGUCCAAUUUCACUCGUACUGACGGCUCGUUCGAAAACUAA